UUGAGCAGGGACCGAGUGCAGAAGGAACAGAUGGCAAAGGCCAUGCCCACCUUCUUACAGAUGUGUGAGCCCUACUUUCUCUACCUGGAGGCAGCCGCACGGAGUGUGCCCCCCAUCUAUGGAGCCCUGCAGGAGCUGGUCCGAAAGGGGCUGUUGGAGAUCUCCCAACAGCUGACCCUGCGCCUGGAACAGCUGGUCCUCAUGUAUGCCUCCUUCGGGUUCGUGGACCUGGAGGAGACUGACCCCCUAAGUAUCUCCUGUUUCUUCUGCGGGAGGUUCUCCAUCAGCCCUUCUCAUGAGGUGUCCAUCUUCAGAUACUGCGCCCCAGCCGCCUACACCGCCAGCCGCUUCCCCCGAUACCUCUACAAGAAGAUGCGUUGGAACCUGGAAACCACCCCAGAGCCCAGCAGCAGGGGGCAAGAUUCCCAUGUGGAUUACUAUUUCCUGUGCUAUCGAGAUACAUGGGAAGACACAGGCAAGAGUCCGGCCAAUUCGUGCCCCCAGAUCCAGAAGCUGUGGUCCAUUGGCCGAUGGGUGCCGCUAGGACCUGCCGAGGAUGACCUUUAUUCAUGGAUUUUGUGCCCGCAGCCGCCUGGGGACUACCAGCAGCUGCUGACCAUCGGCUUUGAGGAGCCCUCGCACAUGCUGGCCACCGACCUGCUGGUGCAGAUCCUCACGGGCCAGGCAGGCCCAGCCCGGCCCCCGAGCACGGCCGGGCUCGCGGCGUGGGCCGCGCAGGGGUCUUGAGCCUGGAGAGAGCGUGGGAGCUGGAGCUUGACAGUUCCGAACUCCAGGAGAGGGAGCAGGGGAGGGGCUCACUCGUUCUCCCAGUGCACCUCGGCCUCGCCUUCCAAGGGGCGAGGCCGAGCUGGCCAGUCUGCACCGGGUCCGGCCCGGCCGCGGAGCCCUUCACGUGGACACACCAGUUUUGCGUUAAAUAAAAGAAAGAAAGAGGU